AUGUGGUGCAGGUUCACCCCUCGGAAAGUAAGUUGCCAACCAGGAGCUGAUAUAGCAUGCCUGAUAAAGGAGUUGGUGGCAGUCCUUGGUGCUUACAUGGGACCAUUUUGCCACAGUAGGGUGGGGCUCAAGGCAGGCUGUGACAUUGUGCUGGCAGAAAGGGGCAUGGUGCCCUAUUUUGUGUGCUGCAGUGCUGACGCCGUAAAUCACAGGGGUGCAAAAAGUCUGCCUUUUUUGAGAGCAGACGUGUGGCUUAUAAGUGCAUCUCCUGUGUCUUUAACAAAAUCCGGACACAGCUGUAGUCUGGCCGCUUUUGACCACGACACGUUAACUUCCAUGCUUGACAGUGCAUUAUACGUAAGCCAAGUGAGGGAGGAAUUUAAGGUGACUGUUCCAUCAGUGCAAGAAUUUCGGAGUGUUAGAUGGAACAAUUCCCUCUUCUCCCCCCCUCCCCCCCGGCACUCUGCUCCUGAUCACCUCUUGGAAGUGCACUGA